UUAGCACAGCAACCCAAUGUGCUGGAGGUUUGAUUUUAAAGGGGGAACUUUCACGCGCUCGUCUCUGGUGUUAUCGGUACCUGUAUCGUCUGUAUUUAUCGUUUGAAAACAGCGACCUGAAAUAAAGCAGUACAAUGACUAAACUGGAUCGUCUGAACACUUUCAUGACCGAGCGCUUGAUGGCUGCUGUGAAGGAGAUCAUCAUCACAGUCGGCAGAACGGUUCGGGAGUAUGAGGAGGAAACAGAGCGAAUCCGGAGCGAAAACAAGCGACUCAAAGAAAUGUUGAGAGACUCCGGCUGCUUCAAUGAACAAACAAAUGCUGCUCCGGUGCAGUCUUAUCAGCCUGCCUCCCCUGGGCAGCCCGGAUGGAUCUGCAUCCAGAAUGAGGAGCCAGAACCCUUUGAAGAGAUCCAGCAGGACCAAAGCCAGAGGCUUGGCGAACAACAUCCCUUCAUAAAACCGGAAAAGCCUGAGUACUCUGUCGAUGCUUACAGGGAAUCUGUAGCUUUGCCAUCAAAAGCCAACAACAAUGACGGCUCACACGUGUGCACCGAUCACUCAGACACAAAUCCUAUUGAGGAUGAAAUGACAAACUGUCAUUUCCCAUCUAAAAUCAAAGUCGAAUUCAUGAACUCCAGUUUGUGUUCAGGCGAUGCGAUUGGAAGCACUGAAGAUGCGUACCAGAGCUGGUCGCCACACAGUCCAGAUUUGCCUUUAGGGACAUCAGACAUCUACAGAGCACAACACCCAAACCAGCCAACAUACACUAACAGUGAAGCACCCGCCACAGUAUCUCAGCAUAGCAGUUCAUCUCAUGACGCCAGUCAUGUUUCAUAUCACAACAUAUUAUGUACAAAUAGGGCCUACUGUAGCAGUAAAUGCUGUGAAAUGCAAAAGAGGACUAUAGCCAAAUCAAGCCCCGUAUGGAAGUAUUUCUCUCUAAAAGAGGGAGACUGUAGCAAAGCAGUGUGCCUUAUGUGUAGGGCCGUCAUAUCGCGGGGUCGCAAAGAAUACACAACGUCGGCCCUUCUAAAGCACCUUCGGAUGAAACAUGGAAAUGCGCUAAUCUUUGGCUGCGCUCAGAAGAGACGAAUGAAAGAAAUUACGAGAAAGACUGUGUGAAAACCACUCUCAGCCAGUAUGGACACUGGCUAUUGUGCAUCAUGGCCAACCUCUGAGUGUUUUCAAACCAAUCGUUUCAGCAAAAUCUACAUCAGCUUGAGAUAGGGCACUCAGAAAUUUAGGCAUACAAUAAGUCAUCCAAGCCUUCUGGUUAUGGUUACACACAAAGAGUAAAAUCCUUCAAAAAACCGUCAAAAUCUUUAGUCCAUCUACCUUUUUCUGAAUGCAGAAAUCUCGCCCGACUGGAGCGGUGCUUUACAUUUCCGGUCUCUAGUGUUUCUAGUCAAAAUAACAUAUUUUUCAAGCUGAUAAUAUAACGUUAAACCUGCAUACAUUUUCAUAUUUAGUUAUACUGAAAAAGUUUCCGGAGACCGGAACACGGAAGCACUCAAACGGAAGUUAGAAUCCUUCAUGGCGCCGCUCAUAGGUUACUCAGGAAAAAGGUGGAUAAGUUACUGAUAAAUUAAUUUCAUCGUGUUGUCUAAAAAAAAUAACCGGAUGUACAUACUAGCUAGGGCAUGAUUAAUAUGAAAGAAAACUGUAAUAAAACAAAAGAGAUUUAAUAAUUUUACAGACAUUUACAGAAUAUUUUACCACCCACUGAAAUGUAAGAUGGUUGAGGCUUUGAUCCUGAUUUGUCUUUUAUACUCAUUUUUGCAAUAAAUGAAUCCUGG